UCAUAUGGAAAAUAAUAUGCUUUAUUGGCGUUUACGAUGGAAAAUACCUGGGAGACGGAGUAAAAAGUAAACAUCACUUUCAUACUUUUAUUUACGAAACCAAACUUAAAUUAUCUUUUUCAGUGAAACACAAUCUGCACCGUUAUCAUUACAUUAUUAUAUUAAACUGAUAUAAACUUAUAUAAAACUGAUAAUAAAAUAGCACAUAAGGCUACCAAUAUUAUGUUUUAUUCACCGUCAAUAGCGAGCUUCCUACACACCAUCUACAUUUAUUAUCACAUUUAGCCAUAUACGAUACACGUCUUCUCUACCUAUACGUAUAUGAAAAAAAGCUUUAUACGAAAUAAAUUAUAUUAAUAUUUCAUCCAAACUUAAAUUAUUACUAAUAACGACGAUUAUUGCACUUUUAGCGCGGAUAAAUAAAAAAAUAACACGAUUUUAAUAACAAAAUGUUAUCACAGAAUUGAUACGGUAGGUAUAUCCACGCAUACAAUCACUGUAAUAAUAGACACACGCAACGCAAAGCAGCUGGAGUCGUACGUCUGCGAACCGCACAAUGUUAUCGAGAGUGUUUAAGACGUGUAAUCGCGUCACAUCAUUGGCGAUUCGACAAUCAUCGACGAUAGGAGGCAAGGCCCGUCAGGUGGAGGAACGCAAGAUUCAGGUGGAUGACAUAAACAUCAAUUUCGCUCGAGUCGGCACCGGUGAUCAUCCGGUGCUGUUGCUGCCUGGUGCAUUAGGAACGAUAUGGACGGAUUUCAAGCCGCAGAUCGAAAAUCUGGACACCGAGAAGUUAACUAUAGUGGCGUGGGAUCCACCCGGUUACGGAAAAUCACGGCCACCCGACAGGACCUUCCCGGAUGAUUUCUUUGAACGCGAUGCCAUGUGGGCGCACAAUCUCAUGAAGGCCCUGGGCUACUCGAAAUUUUCCUUAGUCGGCUGGAGCGAUGGCGGUAUCACGGCGCUUGUCCUUGCCGCCACGUAUCCUGAGAGCGUCCGCAAGAUGAUCGUGUGCGCCGCGAACGCAUAUAUACACCCGGACGAGACCAAAGCGUAUGAAAAUAUCAGGGACAUCAACAAGUGGUCAGAAAGAAUGAGAACACCUAUGAUACAAGCCUACGGUGAAGAUUAUUUCAGACAGACUUGGACGAAUUGGAUAGACGGUAUGCUAAAAUUGUAUGACAAGCAGAAUGGUGACGUAUGCAAGCAGGCGUUAUCGAGAAUCAAGUGCCCGACAUUCAUCAUUCACGGAGCCAAGGAUGCGUUGGUCCUACCGGAACAUUCAACGUACCUGAAGCAAAAUAUCACUGACUCAAGAUUACACAUUUUCGAAAAGGGCGCACACAAUCUUCAUUUGAGAUAUCCCGAGGAGUUUAAUAAAUUGGUCACGGAUUUUCUCCUGGAGAAAUCGAAAGUGUGAUAAAAAGUUUUUACUAAGAUAUUAAUCAUACGUACUUCUGUCAUAUAUUGUGUGUGUGUGUGUGUGUAUAUAUACAAAGAAUGUGUAAGAUAUGGAUUAAAAAAAAAACCGCUACAGGGGGCAGAAUAUUAAACAUUAUGAUGAAGGGAGUAUGAGGAAAAAUAAAGUGCAGUAUAAUUAUCA